CCCCGCCCCGCGGCGGCCGCGGCGGCUCGGCGCUCGGCGAACAUGGCGGCGGCGGCGGUCGGGCGGGACACUUUACCUGAGCACUGGUCCUACGGCGUGUGCCGGGACGGCCGCGUCUUCUUCAUCAAUGACGAGCUCCGCCGCACGACCUGGCUGCACCCGCGCACCGGGGAGCCCGUCAACUCGGGCCACAUGAUCCGCUCAGACCUGCCCCGCGGCUGGGAGGAGGGCUUCACGGAGGAGGGCGCCAGCUACUUCAUCGACCAUAACCAACAGACCACAGCAUUCAGGCACCCUGUGAGUGGGCAGUUUUCUCCAGAAAAUAGUGAAUUUAUUCUUCAAGAAGAGCCACAUCCACAUAUGUCGAAGCAAGAGAGAAACCAAAGACCGUCCAGCAUGGUCAGUGAAACAUCCACAGCUGGAACCACGUCGACCGUGGAGGCCAAACCUGGCCCCAAGAUCAUGAAGUCCAGCAAUAAAGUCCACAGCUUUGGGAAGAGGGACCAGGCCAUCCGGAGGAACCCCAAUGUUCCGGUGGUGGUGAGGGGGUGGCUGCACAAGCAGGACAGUUCUGGGAUGAGGCUGUGGAAAAGGAGGUGGUUUGUGCUUGCCGAUUAUUGCUUGUUUUACUAUAAAGACAGCCGAGAAGAAGCUGUCCUUGGGAGCAUCCCUCUGCCCAGCUAUGUGAUCUCGCCUGUGGCCCCUGAGGACCGUAUAAGUCGCAAGUAUUCCUUUAAGGCUGUGCACACGGGGAUGCGAGCACUCAUCUAUAAUAGCUCCACAGGGGGUUCUCAGGCCGAGCAGUCAGGCAUGAGGACCUACUACUUCAGUGCCGACACCCAGGAGGACAUGAACGCUUGGGUCCGGGCCAUGAACCAGGCCGCACAGGUGCUGUCUCGAUCAUCACUAAAGAGGGACAUGGAGAAGGUGGAGCGGCAGGCGGUCCCCCAGGCCAAUCACACAGAGUCCUGUCGAGAGUGUGGCCGUGUGGGACCUGGACAUGCAAGGGAUUGUCCUCACCGCAGCCAUGAGGAUUCCUUUGGCUUCGAGAGGCGGGAGCAAGAGGAAGAACGUUACCGUUCCCAGAGGGACCCACUGGAGGGCAAGCGGGACAGGAGCAAGGCCAGGUCCCCAUACUCACCAGCUGAGGAGGAUGCCUUGUUCGUGGAUUUACCUGGUGGCCUGAGAGGCCAGCAAGCACAGCCCCAGCGGGCAGAGAAGAACGGAGUGCUGCCCACCACAUAUGGUCCAGGAGAGCAGAAUGGGACCAGCGGGUAUCAGCGGGCCUUUCCUCCCAGGAACAACCCUGAAAAGCACAGCCAGAGGAAGAGCAGCCUGGCCCAGGUGGAGCACUGGGCAAAAGCCCAGAAGGGGGACGGCAGGAGCCUGCCGCCGGACCAGACCCUUCCCCGCCAGGGCCCCAGCCAGUCCCUGUCCUUCCCGGAAAACUACCAGACCCUUCCUAAGAGUACCCGACACCCCUCAGGGGGCUCCUCGCCCCCUCCCCGCAACCUGCCGAGUGACUACAAGUAUGCGCAGGACCGAGCCAGCCACCUGAAGAUGUCAAGCGAGGAGCGCAGGGCACACCGGGACGGCACCGUGUGGCAGCUCUACGAGUGGCAGCAGCGCCAGCAGUUCCGGCACGGCAGCCCCACGGCGCCCAUCUGUGCUGGCUCGCCAGAGUUCCCCGACCAGGGCCGGAGCAGGAGCAUGCUGGAGGUGCCCCGCUCCAUCUCUGUGCCUCCGUCUCCCUCGGACAUCCCUCCUCCGGGCCCCCCGAGGGCCUUCCCACCCAGGCGGCCACACACGCCGGCAGAGAGGGUCACCGUGAAGCCACCGGACCAGCGGAGGAGUGUGGACAUCUCGCUGGGGGGUUCUCCCAGCAAGGCCCGGGGCCACACCACCAAGAACUCUUCUCAUGUGGACCGACGCUCCAUGCCCUCCAUGGGCUACAUGACCCACACUGUCAGCGCUCCCAGUUUACAUGGAAAAUCGGCUGACGACACCUACCUCCAGCUGAAGAAAGACCUGGAGUACCUGGACCUAAAGAUAAAAAAUAAUGAACCUUUGAUCAACGUGCUUUACAAAGUGCUGAAGAAGUCAGCACGGGGCUGUCGGCCCAGGAGAAGCAUGACAGGCAGGGAUCUCGUCAAGGAUCGAAGUCUGAAGCCAGUGAAGAUCGCAGAGAGUGACAUUGACGUCAAACUGAGCAUCUUCUGUGAACAAGACAGGAUCCUCCAGGACUUGGAAGACAAGAUCCGAGCCCUCAAGGAGAACAAAGACCAGCUAGAGUCCGUCCUGGAGGUAUUGCACAGACAGAUGGAGCAGUACCGAGACCAGCCCCAGCACCUGGAGAAGAUUGCUUACCAGCAGAGGUUGCUGCAGGAGGACCUUGUCCAUAUCCGGGCGGAGAUCUCCAGAGAGUCCACUGAGAUGGAAAAUGCCUGGAAUGAAUACCUGAAGUUAGAGAGUGAUGUGGAGCAGCUGAAGCAGACCCUGCAAGAACAACACAGAAGAGCCUUUUUUUUCCAGGAGAAAUCGCAGAUACAGAAGGAUCUCUGGAGGAUUGAAGACGUCAUUGCAGGCCUGAGUGCAAAUAAAGAGAACUUUAGAAUCCUGGUGGAAUCAGUCAAAAAUCCAGAGAGAAAAACGGUGCCUUUGUUUCCUCAUCCGCCUGUGCCUUCACUCUCAACUUCUGAGAGCAAGCCACCCCCACAGUCCAGCCCUCCCACCAGCCCCGUGCGGACCCCUCUGGAGGUUCGACUCUUCCCCCAGCUGCAAACCUAUGUGCCGUACCGACCUCAUCCACCCCAGCUGAGGAAAGUGACAUCCCCUCUUCAGUCACCAACCAAGACGAAGCCCAAAGUUGAAGACGAGGCACCUCCCAGGCCUCCACUCCCCGAGCUCUACAGUCCAGAGGACCAGCCCCCGGCCGUGCCACCUCUGCCAAAGGAGGCCACCAUCAUCCGGCACACUUCAGUGAGGGGCCUUAAGCGGCAGUCGGAUGAGAGGAAGCGAGACCGGGAGCAGGGGCUGUGUGUGAAUGGGGACUCCAGGGUAGAGCUCCGGUCGUACGUUAGUGAACCCGAGCUGGCGACUUUCAGUGGGGACAUGGCCCAGCCCUCCCUGGGACUUGUGGGCCCUGACAGCAGGUACCAGACCCUGCCAGGCAGAGGCCUCUCAGGGUCUACGUCAAGGCUCCAGCAGUCGUCCACCAUUGCUCCCUACGUCACACUCCGGAGGGGUCUCAAUGCCGAAAGCAGCAAGGUGACCUUCCCUAGACCCAAGAGUGCCUUGGAGCGUCUGUACUCAGGGGACCAUCAGCGGGGCAAGAUGAGUGCGGAGGAGCAGCUGGAGCGCAUGAAGCGGCACCAGAAGGCCCUGGUCCGGGAGCGCAAGAGGACGCUGAGCCAAGGAGAGAGGACGGGCCUGCCCUCGUCCCGCUACCUCAGCCAACCUCUCCCUGGAGAUCUCGGCUCAUGGAAGCGUGAGCAGGACUUUGACCUGCAGUUGCUGGAACGGGCCAUGCAAGGGGAAAGAAAGGACAAGGAGGAGAAUGGCUGGUUGAAAGUACAGGCCAUGCCAGUCACUGAGUUGGACCUGGAACCUCAAGACUAUGACUUGGACAUCAGCAGAGAGCUGUCCAAACCAGAGAAGGUCUCCAUCCCCGAGCGUUACGUGGAGCUGGACCCUGAGGAGCCGCCCAGCCUUGAGGAGCUGCAGGCGCGGUAUCGCAAAGCCGAGAAGAUCCGCAACAUCCUUGCUCGCUCCAGCAUGUGCAACCUGCAGCCGACAUCAGGCCAGGACCGGAACAGCGUGGCCGACCUGGACUCACAGCUGCAGGAGCAGGAGCGCAUCAUCAACAUCUCCUACGCUCUGGCCUCCGAGGCCUCCCAGCGCAGCAAGCAGGUGGCAGCGCAGCAGCUGGCCCUCCUCCCGCCUAAAGCCCCCCUGUCCUCCAGGACGGUGCCACCUUACCCCCCCUUAAGCAACGGACUCCACUACACCUUUGUCUAACACCUUCCAACCCAGGCAGUGACUGACCCGUGACCCAACGUGCAAAGGAGAAGUCUGAAGCCAGGGGCCCAGUGGAACCAGUUUCCUCCGAGAAGAUUGAUCUUCCUUCCCCCAAGGAAACCCCUUCCAGCUCAGCAGGGGUUCUGGCUGGAGGAAGGAGCAGCCACAACUUCACUAUAGGGCUGGGUCCUAACCACAACCCCCCCGACCCCCAACGACUUUAGUUCAGACUCCUUUUUACAUAUGACAAAGGCACUUUUGAUACACACUGUAAAAUACUGAUGCUGUAUUUUAGAAUCAGAAUAUAUUUUCUACUGUUCACCUCAAGGGCUGAGUGGCUGGAAAGGUGAGGAUGCAGGAUUUUGGAGCUGCACAUACAGAUUCAGGUACCAUUUGGGUGGUAGGUAUGGGUAGGGGAGAAGGGCGGGCAGAGGCCAGUCCAGUAUCCAGUGAACUCAGGUGAAGGUUGCAUUUGAGAUGUGCUUCCAGGGGAGCCCAGUGUUAGGCUUGUUGGCAUGUUAUCUGGGGGAAGAGGGGCCCUUAGCUGCAGAGGUCAGCUGUCCCUGACCUGGCCUGGUGACCAGCUCUGGAGGGGGAGAUUCCACCAGGGCGGCAUGUGGAGCCCAAGUCCAUACCUUGGCCCUUGGGUUUGGUUUAGGGGCAAUAGUGUAUUCAAGAGGUUUGGUUCCAGACCUGUCCAUGGGUUCUCUCAGCAAAGGGCUCUUCUUGGGAAAAACAGAACAGUUUGCUUUAAUUAAAAAAAAAAGUUCAUACACACACACACACACACACACACACACACACACACACACACCUUGAAAUACAGAAAAGGUGAGAGGAAGCACCUUUUAUUGUAUCAUAAGCAAUAAACUUCACACUGGGUGGCGUCUACCUAAAACUCCUUGACUCCACGCUGGGCUGUGAUAGGGCUUUGUUGCCUGCCCUGGAGAACCUAGAUCAGCUUCCCCAGGACGUGGGUCUGGUGGCCAGAGGGCAGGCAGUGUGCCCCCACCAUCCCUGAAGGCCAGCAGCAGGACUUUGACUUGACUUCCAGCCUCUAGUGAGGCUGUGCCAAGCCAGGCACAGUGUUUGUGGCCCUUUAUUUAAAUCAUGAGCUCAUGAUAUUCUGCAUACAGAAAAUGAUGUUUAAAGGAAAAAAAAAAAACUCCAUUGGGUGGGGCCACACUUUAAAUGAAAAUUUGUCUUUGACUGUGGUCGGAAAAAAAAAAAUCUUAACUAUAUUUAGAAAUUGCCGUCUAUUUUUAACUAACUCCAUAUGCUGCCAGUAUCAACUUCAUGACAUUUGCCAAAAUAAGAUUUUAUUUUUGCCUUUAUAAGAUUUUGUUGGAAAAAUGAAAUUAAUAUUUUGCAAGAAAAAAGUUAAUUUAAAUAAAGGUGUGAUGGUUUGCAAAAAAAAAAAAUGGCGAUGAACAGAUUAAAAUAUUAACCCGA